AUGUCUCUCUCCCGAGCCGCUCUUCUGUUAACCCAUGGGUACUUCCACCACCGGGCAUAUAUAUCGCCAAAUCCCAACCCACCCGCCGAGGAGUGUCCAAAGCCUACUGAGAAGGAGACGGCAGCGUUCUUUAAUAUGAUGAAUAAGCGGAUGGCUUUCUUCAGGGUGUCAUAUAGCCUCGUCUGUGCUCUCGAGGCACUCGUGAUCGUUGCGUUCAACUUCCCCAGUCUCCCUUUCUCCCAUAUCGUUCUUACCACCUUCACGUCACCCAAUGCAACCUGCGCCGCAAACCUGCAGCCAACCAUAUUAUUCCUCAUCGGGGUAUUCUUCGCCCUACAAGGUGACCUCCUGCGUCUCUGGUGCUUCCGCGAGCUCGGCAAGCACUUCACCUUCAUCCUUACGAUCCAGAAGGACCAUAAGCUGAUGAUGUCUGGGCCGUACGCGUACCUGCGCCACCCGUCUUACCUCGGCGCCAUCUUUGGAUUCAUCGGAGAGGUGCUGUGCCACCUCACGCGUGGGUCGUGGUUCAUGGAGUGUGCAGGCAAGGGGAUGAGCGGUAUGGUGCUGGUGGCGUUGAAGUGCCUCGUUUGUGUGAAGGUGUUGAACAUGGCGAUAGCAUGUGUAAUGUUGCUUAAACGGGCAGGGCAGGAGGAUCGGGUUUUGAAGCAGACAUUUGGAAAGGAGUGGGAUGAAUGGGCAAAGAGGGUGCCGUAUAGGUCUAUCCCUGGGGUCUACUAA